AUGGUUUACUGGGGCUGCUCCGGCACGCGGUUUCUAGUGGACACUGGCGCUGAGGUGUGCGUCAUUCCAGCAUCCGCUGACGACAUUCGACGCUGCGCACCUCUUAACACCCUGCAAGCCGUCAACGCAACACCUAUCACCACGUUCGGCGAGAAACUCGUGACCCUGAAUCUCGGGCUACGACGCGUUUUCCGUUGGGUCUUCAUCCUCGCCAAGGUCCCCCACGCCAUCCUGGGAGCUGACUUCUUGGCCCACUUCGGCCUACUUGUUGACAUGAGCCGCCGCCGUUUGAUAGACACCACCACUAACUUGUCUGUUCAGGGCGCCGUUGUUUCAACGCAUACCAUCGGACCAACCCUCCGGCGGCCGCCACCUCAAACACCGUACGAGGCCGUUCUUCAAGACUUUCCGGCGCUUACUCAACCCCCUAACUGGAAGUUGCCGGUCCAGCACGACGUCGUGCAUCACGUCGUGACCACCGGGCCGCCUGUGCAUGUUCGCCCUCGCCGCUUGGCCCGGAGAAGCUGA